AUGGCAAAGGGAACAUCUUCCUUUGGAAAGCAUCGCAAUAACACAUACACGUUGUGCCACUGGUGUGGCUCUAAGGCCUACCACCUUCAGAAGCCAACCCGUGGCUUAUGUGGCUACCCUGCCAAGCAGAAGAGAAAGUCUACCUGGAGUGCCAAGGCUAAGAGAUGGAACACUACCAGCACUAGGCAGAUGAGGCACCUAAAACUUGUCUAUCGCAGAUUCAUAUACGGGCUCCAUGAAGGAACAACACCUAAACCCAGGAGGGCAGCUGCUGCAGCAGCCAGUUCAUCUUGA